AGUUUCCCACUUUUUCAGCAUUUGAACUUGUUUUUCUUUUGUUCAUACCUCAACUAAACUGAUACACUAUUUUUUUCUUUUGAAGGUCAGAAAAUGUGGGAAAAGGUGAAGAUGUUAGUGAUUUGUGCAUAUUUUGUCAUUUUGAGAGGAACACGCUCAACUUUUUGCACCGAGGACCCAAAUAUAAAAUGCCAUUGCAUAGAUCUUCAGGAUGGCCUAAAAGCAGAUUGUUCAGGAAAAGGAUUGAUAUUUUUUCCCAAAUUUUCACAAAAAGUGACUCAAAUAGACGCAAGCCACAACAAAAUAACAAACUGUCCAAACCUAUCGUACCUGCAAUCGCUAACUUAUUUAGAUUUGUCUUACAAUGAUAUAACGAGCUUUCAAAAUAACCCCUUUGAUAAUUUAAAGAUGCUCAGGACGCUAAAUAUUUCGAAUAACAAAUUCAAAUUAAACGAUGAAACUUUUCCUCCUUUGGUGUUUGAAUCUUUAACCAAUCUGGAAGUCCUUAGUAUGAAGGUCAAGGACCCACCAGACCCAAACAAUGACACAUAUCCUGAAAGUCUCUCACUACUAACUGAGUUACGUCAACUGUCUAUUAAUGGACUUCCUAAUGGCAGAUUCGGUCGAAAAUUUUCCCAGCUAAGGAAACUCUACUAUCUGGAUAUUUCGGGAAAUAAUGGCGGACAUUGUCAAGUCGAGAAUAUUGAUACAGACUAUUUCACAAAUCUGAAGCAUUUAAGGACACUAUUUAUGACACACUGUGGAAUAAAAUCAUCGCAUUCAAACGUAUUUUCUGGAUUAUCGGAUUUAAAAGAACUAGAUAUGUCAUAUAAUAAGGAAUUCACUUUUAGAAAUCUUAGGAAUCUUACUUUUGAUUUACAAUUUACAUCCAUAAAUAUAUUGAAAAUUAAACAGAUACACUGCAUUUUUGGAAUGGGAACAAAAGUCACGUGGGAUGACGUAUGGUAUAUUCAAAAUACAUCCCUCACAGAGCUAUACUUGGAUAGCAAUAAAAUCGAGCUGUUUGAGGCCAAUGUUACAUGGAUAUUCCGGCGACUGAAAAUCUUAUCCAUAGCUGACAAUCGUCUAACACAAGGCAUAUAUAUCUUCCAGCUCAGUGCAAUGAGAAACCUUCUUUGGUUAAAUGUGAGUCAGGCAUUCUCGUCACAUGACUUGAUUGGCGGGAAUUUCAUAACAGAUUUAAAAUGCAACGAUGAUUUGUCUCAUUCAGUAAAACACCACACAAUUACUAAACGAAGUGUUGGUUUUGUUCAAAUUUCUCUGAAAAGACGCAGAGAAAAUUCACAGUUUCCAUUAAUUUUACGACUUCCACCAAAACUAAAAAUAAUGUAUUUGGUCCAUAGUACAUUGGGAUAUGACGUUCCAAAAGUAAUAUUUUUAGAAAAUAGCCUACGAAGUCUUUCACUGCAGGCAAAUCAACUAUCUUAUUUAACAGGCCCGAUCAUUGGAUUAACGAAACUGAAGAUUUUAGACUUAUCCAAAAAUAAUUGCAAAAAUAUUUCAAAUAAUUUUUUCGAUUUCUUGAAUUCUAUUGAAACAUUGUAUCUGGCAAAAAACAAACUUAGCAACUCUUUAGCAAGAGAUAUUGAAGGUAGAAUUUUGAAAAAUCUAACAAAUUUGAAACAUUUGGACUUAAGUGGUAAUGAAGUUGUGUCGCUUUCGAAAAACGUAUUUCAAUCACUCUCAAUGAUUUCGAAACUUGACCUUAGUUUUAAUUUAAUAGAUAAUCUUCUAUUCAAACUCAACCAUAUGAAAGGCUUAAAAGUUUUGAACUUAACAAAUAAUCGAUUAACAUCUUUGUCAGAAACAACAAGACGUUCAUUUGAUGGAAUAACAAAUGGGAGGAAUUAUCCAUUAACAUUAGAUCUACGUAACAAUCCUUUACUUUGUAACUGUGAUACAAAAGCGUCUAUAAAGUGGAUGUUUCAACAACAAAAGAAAAGUAAUAACUUCAUAUCAUUUGAAACAUUAAACUGCUCCACGGAGGACAGAAGAAUUUUCUCCUUCAAAGACAGAAAAAUCUUGAUUGAGUUGGAUAUUCGGUGUGGACCGUACUCUGAGCUGGCAGCAGGGAUUGCGGUGUUGAUAACUGUGGUCCUUGUUCUCCUAAUUUCACGAAUCGCCUACCGAUACCGGUGGAAGAUAAGAUAUUUUUAUUACGCGACCAAAAGUAAAUUUCAUGGGUACAAAUCACUCAAAAACCAUUCGAUGUACAAAUAUGAUGCAUUUAUUUCCCAUGCUGACGAGGACAGAGAUUUUGUGAUUAAGAAGAUGUUACCAAAGUUAGAAACUGACCGGAACCUAAAACUAUGUCUUCACUUCCGGGACUUUGUACCCGGAUAUGACAUAGCAGAAAAUAUAUCAACAGCGAUAAAUCAAAGUCGAUACACUGUUUUUGUGCUCUCGCCAGACUUUGUAAAAUCUUAUUGGUGUAUGUUUGAACUAAGAAUGGCGCAAAUGGAAAGUUUUUACGAGAGAGCAGGAGAGGAGAUGUUGUUUGUGGUACUCUACAAAGUUUUACCUCAUCCCGAAAUACCUCUACAUCUUCGUGAAUUGAUGUAUAAAAAAUCUUACAUUGAGUAUCCAAAAGAUGACCCAGAGAAACAAGACUUUUGGAGUAACAUCCAUUUCACUUUGAAAAGAUCCGGAGAAAUUGUAGCAUCAAUUUGAUACUAUUUCUACUCAUAUAUCUUUUUUAAUUUGAUUAUGCGUUAACUUUUCAAUCCGCCUUUUAUAU